AUGGCAGGUGCUACAGGAGUGAAAACCGUUCUCUCAAAGUUAACAUUGGCAUUCUUCAAAGAUUCAGGGAGAAAGAACGUGGAACCGUACUGUGAAGAACAAGACAGUUUGAAGUGUUAUCAUCAGAAGGCGUAUGGGGUUUGUGCUAUAGGACAUUAUACGGGACAUUUACCACCACAUGAACAAUAUUUCAAAGGUGCACCCAAUGUAGGUGGUACUGGUUCAUUGAUGGAUAAAUGUCCUAUCAUUCAGGGAGCUUGGAGAGCAGAAAUGAGUGGGAAAACAACACAAGAUCCUCGAGUCAAGGCAACUUGCCAUCAGUACUCAUGUUUUGGUGGUGGCCAAAUCGUCGUGAACGGUCAAUCGUUUCGAUGUGAUUCAGGUGUAGCCAAAAUUAAUACGCGACAAAUUCAAGGAGAAGCAAUCUGUCCCGAUCCACGCAUUGUUUGCAGAGAUGGGCGUACAUGA